AACUGGACGGGGGAGGAAAUUAACUCCAGGACGAGACACGAAAAAAAAACGAGAACGCUACCCGCCUCUAUACGGAGAUGUAGCCCGUGUUUUUGCGGUUACAAAAGAGGGCUUUUAAAAACGGCGGGGGGUCGACGUGAGACGAGGAACCAAGUGGAGAGGGGAAAAAACAGGUGCCUACAAAGUCACCAAAGUGAGACAACGACGGACAGUAAUUCCCAUGUUGGUCGCGACCUCACGAACGUUAGCUCGGUAACGUUAUUUACAGCUGGAGUUUCGGUGUUUAGUCGCGUGUGAGUUUCGCCUCGCUUGUGUUUGACGGUGAAUUUAGUCCAGUGCUAUCCCGCAGUAGCAAUCUGUUGCAUCCCCCUCCUCCCCGCUGUUUGUUUAUCGCACGGGUACGAGAUUUAUUCCCACCUCCCCCGUGAUGUUUCACUGUAUACCCCUGUGGCGGUGCAACCGUCAUGUUGAGAUGAUCGAUAAACGCCACUGCUCCCUGCUGUAUGUGCCCGAUGAGAUUUAUCGCUACGGACGGAGUUUGGAGGAGCUGUUGCUUGAUGCCAACCAACUCAGAGACUUGCCCAAGCCAUUUUUCCAGCUGGUUAAACUAAGAAAACUUGGCCUGAGUGACAACGAGAUCCAGAGACUUCCACCAGAAAUAGCCAACUUCAUGCAGCUGGUAGAACUGGAUGUCUCUCGAAAUGAUAUUAUGGAAAUUCCAGAGAGCAUUUCAUACUGCAAAGCCCUCCAAGUGGCAGAUUUCAGUGGAAAUCCAUUAACAAGGUUACCUGAUAGCUUUCCAGAGCUGCGGAAUCUAACAUGCCUUUCCAUCAAUGAUAUUUCAUUGCAAGUUCUUCCAGACAACAUUGGGAACCUUUCCAAUUUGGUAUCACUAGAACUCAGAGAAAAUCUGCUCACAUUCCUACCAGAGUCACUAUCUCUGCUUCAUAGACUUGAAGAACUCGACCUAGGAAAUAAUGAACUCUACAGUCUGCCGGAGUCAAUAGGCUGUCUUGUCAGCUUAAAGGACUUGUGGCUGGAUGGAAACCAGUUGGCUGACAUACCCGCAGAGAUGGGCAGUAUGAAAAGCCUGUUGUGUCUGGAUGUGUCAGAAAACAAAAUGGGGCACCUUCCUGAGGAGUUGGGAGGCCUGCUGUCACUAACUGACCUGCUGGUGUCUCAGAACCUCAUUGAUGCUCUCCCCGAAAGCAUUGGAAAACUACGGAAACUUUCUAUAUUGAAAGCCGAUCAGAAUAAACUAACUUAUCUUCCAGAGAGCAUUGGCAACUGUGAAAGUCUCACUGAACUUGUGCUCACAGAGAACCAUAUACAGAGUUUGCCGAGGAGUAUUGGGAAAUUGAAACGGCUUUCCAACUUCAACUGUGACAGAAACCAGCUAAUGUCAUUACCCAAGGAGAUCGGGGGCUGCAGCGGUCUGAAUGUCUUCUGCGUACGAGAGAACAGGCUGACGAGGAUACCGUCAGAGUUGUCUCAAGCCACCGAACUGCAUGUGUUCGAUGUCUCUGGAAACAGGUUGAUCCACUUACCGCUGUCACUGACCACACUACGACUGAAAGCCUUAUGGUUGUCAGAAAACCAGUCGCAGCCUCUCCUCACCUUUCAGACCGACGAAGAUCCUGACUCAGGCGAGAAGGUGCUCACCUGCGUGCUGCUGCCUCAACAGCCAUGUGAACCAGACAAUAAAGGCUCUGAUAAACUUGCCCGCUUUGGAGCCCUGGAGAGCCUGGUGAAUGACAUGGCAGAUGACACGUGGGACAGGAAAGCCGUGAACAGGAUCAGUGCCAUUCACUUCCUUGAUGAUGAUGAGGAGGAGGAUGAUGACAAGGGAACUUUACUCCGGCGGGCUACGCCUCACCCCGGUGAGCUGAAAACGAUGAAGAAAGCAGCUGAGAACCUCCGCAACGACCUGAACGCUGCCAAAGGCCUGGACUCCAACAAAAACGAGGUCAAUAACGCUGCAGACAGAGUGACCACGUCUGUGUGACCUUUACCUCAGCAAUGUUUUUUACCUCCUGUGUCUCGCCGCUGUGUUGUCCUGCACAACCCCUGCAGUC